UUUCUCGUUUUCUGGUUCUUUCUUUACUUUUUUUUUUUUAAACUUUCUCCUCCCUCUGUGUUUCUGUCUCCUGCUGCCGCUUUUUUCUCCCCUUUUGUCUUUCCUUCCGACUUUCUUUUUCUUUCUCUCUCUCUCACACACAACACCCCUCCCUCCCUCCCUUUUCCUGCCUCCUUUCUUCCUUCCUUCCUUCCUUCCUUCGGAUGGCUUGAGGCCGGCGGGGGCGGCGAGCCCGGGACGCUUCCCAGCCUCGGGGAUCCCGCCGCAAGAGCCGGGGGAGGGCAGGGCCCUGCAACCGCCGGCCUCCACAAUGGCGGAGGGGGGCCAGAAGAGGACUCCCCUUUACCGGAGCGUCUCCUUCCAGCGCUUGGCCAAGUGGACCGGGCCGGCCCAGCCCGACGGAGGAGGAGGAGAAGACGAUCCUCGGGGGGAGCCGCCAGCGCCGCCGCCUCGCCAGCCUCCCCCGCCCAGCGCCGACAACCCCCCGCCGCCGGAGCCCAUCGGGCGGCGAUCGCCCGGCCGCGCCGCUUCCUUCAGCGUCUCCUCCCGCCCAGCAGCCGCCGCCGAGCCGGCCGGCCGCGCCCUGCGGAGCCUCUCGCCCUCCGUGCGCCAACUUUCCCAGCGCUUCUGCCGCCAAGACCAAGCGCCCGCCGGCCGCGGAAGAGCCCCCUGCGGCCGCGGGCAGAAGGAGCUGGGGGGCUCCGAGGCCGCCGGGCCGCCCCCGCAACCCCCGCCCCGCAGCAGCCCCGCCGCCCCGUCCUCCUCCUCCUCCUCCUCCUCCUGCAAAGGGCCGGGCGAGGCUCCGGCGCCGGACUGGCCCAGCGUGACGGAGAUGCGCAAACUUUUCGGCGAGAGUUUUCGGCGGCAGCAGCAGCAGCAGCAGCAGCUCCAGGCGGCCGAGCGAGGACGGGGCGUCCCGGGCGAGGACGGCUCCUGCCCGCGGAGCGACUUCCCGGCGGCUGCGCUGCUGCUUCCCGACGACGACGGCGGCGGCCCGGCUCUGGAUGGGCCGUGCUGGGCCGAAGAAGAGCGCCGGGGCGUCCCUCCGCCGCCGCCGCCCCGCAGCUGCAUCCCUUUCGCGGGGCUCCGGCCGCCUCGGGGCCCGCCGCCUCAGCUGGGGGAUACUUCGCAUUCCUGGCAUAGUUCGGCCUCAGCCACCACCGCCGCCGCCGCCUCGCCGGCCCCCUGCCCGGCCUGGGGAGGCUGGGUCCCCCCGGAGAUCUCCAGCAGGAGCGAGGACGAGUGGAGGCCUUUGGGGCCCAGGCCGGGCGGGAAGAGCCCCCCAAGGCCCUCCUCAGGCAGCGAGGAAGAGGAGGAGGAGGCCGGGCACCGUCGAGGGAGGAAGAAGAAGGGGGAAACUGAGGCCCAGGAGGAGGCCAGGGUGGUGCCCGGCAUGGAGUGGCACCUCAAGGCCCAGCUGGACCUUUCUGGGGGUCUCCUGCCCCCUCAGGAGGAGGAGAGGACUACCCCGGGGGCCUCCGAGGGACCCAGGCCGCUUUUGGGGCUCACCCCUGCCCCCCUUUCCUCGGGGCCCGCCCUGCCUCUGGUGUCCCGCAUCUCCAAGGUCAACCUGCCCCCCUUUGCGUCCAGCCCGGCUGGGUCCCGAAGUAGCAGCAGAUACUCCAGCACGGAGACCUUGAAGGAGGACGAGCAGCCGGGGGUCUCCUGGGCCCUCGGCUUGGGUCGGACCCCCAGUUUUAGCCCGAGCGACAGCCAGGCUCGGUUGCAGACCCCCAUCCGGGCCCGGCAGAAGCUGCCGCUGGGCUCGGCGAGAUCCAAGCAGGAGUUGUCGUCCUUUGAGAGUUGGCUGCCUGGCGGCCUGGAACCCACGGCCAGAGCCAAGCACCAGAAGUCCAUGUCGAAUCCGGACAUCGCCAGCGAGACCUUGGCCCUGCUCAGCUUCCUGAAAUCGGACCUGUCCGAGCUGAAGGCCAAGAAAAGGGGCAGUCGGUUGAGUGACCACGAAGACCCGGCCUUCGGCAGCAACAACGGCGAUGCGGCGAGCAGAGACGAACAUUAUCCCCAAGGAGGAGCCGAGCCCCCGUCGGUGGGGAGAUGCCAAGGCGAGGCUCAGCCCCCCAACCGGUGGGUAUUGGGCCAGCGCCCAACGCUGAAGGACCUCACGGCGACCCUGAGACGGGCCAAAUCCUUCACGUACUCGGACAAACCGGCCUCCCGCCGCCUGUGCCUGCAGAACGCCAUGAAGUCCAGCUCUUCGGAGCUCCUGUUGGCCACUCGCUUUGACCACAACGGUGUGGUUUCCGACAGCCGGGAAGAGGAGGUGCUCCCUGUAAUCAUCCAAGAUCAGUACAUCCAAGAGGCCAGGCAGGUUUUCGAGAAGAUAAGUAAGAUGGGCUCAGGACACGACUAUAAUUUCAGCUCGGAGUCCAAGGAAAGGGGGAAGGGCGGCACGGAGGAGGGAGAGGAGGCCCCGAGAGAGGGAGGAAGCGGCGGCCGGUGCUUGGAGAAAGCUGGCUCUGAAGGAGAAGAAGACGGUCCUGAGUCCAGCAUGACUGAUGAAGGAAUUGUGACCGAGCCAGAGACGUCUCCUGCCUACAGCUAUCUCGAUCCCUCUGUCGCUGCGUGGAAGUUGGCCAACCGAAGAGGAACGGAGGCCUCCUCUCUUGAGAAGCUUCUCCCAAACCAUCUAGCCCAAGGGAACGAGAACGUCGCCGCUGUGGACGAGGUGCUCCCCAAUCCUAAGACGCUGUCCCAGGGCUUGUCGGAGACCCCCCUGACUCCUAGUGCCCUCCGCCGCCGCCGCAAGUUCCCAUCCUUGGGAACCAACGGUUCCGAAUCCAGCAACGGGAGCAGUGGGGAGUCGAGCGGGGAGUCCUACCGCUCUCUCAGCGACCCCAUGCCCCACCGGAGGUGCUCCAUCACCGAGGACUCCAAGAACUUCUCCGUGGAUAGCAACCUCCUGGGCUCCUUGAAUUCCAAGCCGGGUAUCUUGGAUGCUUCGGCCGCCACGUUGUCCGACUGUACGGGCAGCGCCGCCAGCGACCUCUCCGUCUGCAGCGACGGCCUGAAGGAUUAUAGCACCGUGAUCCAGAACAUCGUCAGCCAGCCCGGCGCCCUGGACAAGGUGAUUGACGAGAAGGGCAACGGGAAGCCCAUCAAGAAGAAGUCCUUCAGCGACCCCAGCCGCCGCGGCGAGCAUGCCGGCCCGGGCUUCAUGGGCGCCGGGGAACCCAUCAGCGAGACAGAGCAGAAUAUCCUUCCGUCCAGCAGCGAGCCCAUCCUUUCGGAGCAGCGGGCCCAGUCCACGGAGCAGGAAGUGCGCCGGUUGUCCUCCCAGUCGGAGCAAACCCUGCCGACACCACCGGAAGACAAUGAGGUCCCUCAAGCCUUCAGCUUCGAUCCCAAGCUGGCUGAAGUCCUCUCUCCCAGGAUAGUUCGGCGUAAUUCCAAGAAACGCAGCGACCGGGUGAAUAAUCAGGAGAGCAGGAAGGAAGAGACGGCACUGCCUUCCGUGGUGCCCACCACACUGGGCAGAGCAAGGCCGGGCUCCAAGCAUGUGCGCCACACCAGCGAACCGGCCACCUUCCUCCGCCUCUCCGAUGCCCACCUGCCCAGCUCACUCUAUCAGAACGCCCACCCUGCCAUCCAGGAGCUCCCGCACCUGCCGACCAAGCCUUCUCAGGUCCCCUCCUUGGAGGAUGUCACCAAGCAAUACAUGUUGACUCUCAGUUCCGGGGAGACCCUCCCCAACAGCCCUGUGGAUACCCCCAGAUCGUCCCCUUCCACGCCGACCACCACGGAGCCCAAGCUGCCCAGAUGCCCCAAACACCACGGAGAGAUCAAUGCCAGUAGCGCCAGGGCGAAGCCACAAGUG